AAAUCAAUCAUGUCUUACUAUCUGGCGGUCAUUUGAAUAACUUCAAAUAAUUAUCUAUUCUCUUAUUUACCAAGUUAUUUGUGUAACAAAAUCUUUUUUGUUUUCGCCUACCGAGAUAAUUUGUUACUCUAAAAAGUAACCUCGUGGAAAUCCCACCUGCACAACUUGAACAAAACUGACGCGACAAGUCGUUUCUCAGGAGAGCUUAAAUCUGUGCCCUGUGCCUUUUUUAACCUGCCUCACCUAAAAUCCCACACCCAAAGCGUCAUCCCUCCUCUCCAACAUCACAACGAAAAAAAACCCUCCAAAACCAAAACAACUUUCUACAGUUUCUCAUUUCUUCUUCAAAGGUACUUUGUAUUUUCUUGCUUACACAAUUACACAUAACCUCACAAGAUGUCUGAGGUACAAUCAAGACCAGCGCCUCGUGGCAGAGGCUCAGCUCGAGGUGGUCGUGGAGGUUUUGCACCAAGAGCUGGUCGCGGCGGAAGAGGUCAGGCAGCCAACGGCGAGAACACAUCUACUACUGCAUCAAUUGAGCAAGAUAAUGCUGAAGUCGUCCAAUUAAAGAAGAAGCAUGGUAGCAAAGUCAGCACUAUUCAAGAAUUGUUUCCAGGCUGGACAGACGAGGAUGUUGUUAUGGCUCUUGAAGAAACAGACGGAGAUCUAGAAAGUACUGUCGAGCGCAUUUCGGAGGGUAAGGAUUUCAUGCAUAAUUUUACAAUCCAUAUCAAGCCCAUAUCCUUCAUAGUACAUGUACUAGUCUAACACAAUCAAAGGUACCAUCUCACAAUGGGGAGAGGUUUCGAAUAAGAAAGAUCGAUCUAAGUCCAAAGCCCACGAAUCAGCUCCAUCUACUGCUCUUAAUGAAAUUAGCAACUCUGGAAGAGCCUCCCGAGGUGGUAGAGGUGGAUUCGAUGGUAGCAGAGGACGCGGUCGCGGUAAUGACAGAGGUCGAGGUGGUAGAGCUCGUGGAGCUUCAAUUGCGCAUACAAAUGGUACACGUAACGAAACUGCCGAAGUCUCUGUUCCUACAACCGAAUCUAGCGCUUGGGAUACUACUGCCACUACUGAAGACACCGCUAAAGAUACCAAUGCCGAUUCUCGGGAAUCUACCAAACCUACCGAGGGCGAUAAUACCUGGAGUGCCGCAGCAACCAGUGCGGCUGUCACAACUGCCACCGCCGCUUCAACUGCAGCUUCAAGCAUUAUUCCCGAUGGAGUCAAGAAGAGCUGGGCAAGCAUGUUUGCUCCUGCACCUAAGCCCAAGAAGGCCCCAGAGCCGCCCGUGGAAAAGCCUGCAGAACUCCCUAAGCCAGAAGAACCGGUCGAAGCCCCAGUUGUUUCAGAGCCAGAGCCCUCCAUUCCUGAACCAGAGCCCGUCGAAACCCCGGAACCUGCUGCCCCAGUCGAGCCACCUGUCGAACUUGAAGCUAAUGUUAAUCUUACCCCAUCAAAGGACGAAUUGACGGAGACGAACCUCGAACAAGUUCCAGAUGAAUCAGUUCCACCGCCAAGUGCGACUGCUGCAAGCACAGCUGCAAGCUCAUGGGAUCCAAGAAAUGCUACUGGAAAUUCUACACCUUAUUCAGCAUUGCAAACUCAAACUUCAGCUACUGCCCGUGCUCCAACCAGUGGUUUCCAAGCUUCGGCACUAAAGGCUACUGGGUCGUCGGGUCGUACACCAAGCUUUCAACGCCGCGUCCUCGAUCAGGAAGAAGCUGUUCGCAUGCCAGGUAAUCGCGAGGUGGAUAGGGCCGCUGUACAAUUUGGCGCAUUUAACCUCAGUGGUACAGGUGAAGACGAUGUUGAUGGUGAUCGUGAAGAGCCUGAGACUAGAGCUCAACCGCCACAACAUUCGCCAGUAGCCCCGAGAGCUACUCUACCCCCUGCUCCGCAACAAGCUGCACCAGUUUCCGAGACCUUGCCAACCCCAAAGCAAGCUCCUGGAUUGCCCGCAGCUACUCACCCAACAGCUGCCCCUGGACUUCCUUCCCCACAAACUCACUCUACUUCUCAAAGUAAGUUAAUUUUCACGUAUUCACUUGGCAUUACUAAUUCUCGUACAGCUGCAUCUCAACAAGGACCUCAAAAUGGUUCUCAAUUAGGUCAGUACGGUCGAUAUGGACAACCGGGAUCCCAGGAACAGUCUUCUUUGCCACAGAAGCCUUACGACGCUUUCAGCCAACAGGCGCCAAGCUCGCAAAGCCCAUUCGAAGGUUAUCCAAGUCAGGCUCAGUCUCAGCCACAACAACAAUCCGGCACGUUUUCUUCCGCACCAAACGAUUACUCUUCAUACUAUACCUCUGAUCCGCAAAGACAAAAUUACAACAGUUACUAUCAACAGCAAUAUGGCUUGCAACAAGGCAGCCAAGGUCAACAAGAUGUUUCAGCAUCUCAAAGAUCCUAUAGUGGGUACAAUGGACCACAAAGUGAAACUUCCGGCCAACAAUCCCAAUCCCGUUAUGCGACUGCAGGAGAAGGUCAGAAUAGUGGGCACACUACUCCUAACCCAGUAGCUCAAAGCCAACAACAAACCGGCGCUGCUGCUCAAACAACCCAGCCUCAACCAGGCCAUUCACAACAACCCCAAGGAGGUUAUCCAUAUGGACAUCCUUACUAUUCUACCCCAUACUAUGCUACUUACAUGAACCAGUACCAACAAUCAGGCGGCUACGGUGGUUAUGGUGGUUCUCCAUAUGGCGGUGGAAAAGGUGGUAUCCAUGGUCAACCAUACCAAGGUUACAUGUCACCUGGUGCACCAUAUGAUCACACUUCUUCUCCUGCUGCUGGUGGAUUUGCUGGAUCUUCUCUUCAUGGCCGUGACUCCGCAGUUGGAGGAGGCUUGGGUGAUUAUGGCCGAGCUGGAUCAUCCCAAUCAUCCCAGACUCCACAAGCGUUAGGUGGAAGUGGCGCAUUCGGCGCUGGCUCCCAUGAUGCAUUCAGCCGUGGUGCUUAUCCUUCAGGUCAGCACUACAAUGCACCACAAGGCAGCCAACCUGGCGCUAGUGAUGAUUUGAAACCAUUUGGUGACUCGAAGACUGCCAAUGGACCAAGCCCAUCUUUGUCUCAAGCUGGAAGACCUGGUUCUGCUACCAAUGCUACCCCUGGGUCAGUUUUGCCACCCCCACAAUCGCAACAAGGUGGAUAUGGUGGAUACCCAAGCCAUCUUCAAGGUCAUGGACUUCACGGCAGCCAAGCUGGUAGUCAAUAUGGCGGCCUUGGUGGUGUUGGAGGUCAUCAAGCUGCUGGUCAAGGGCACCAGAGUAGUGGAUAUGGAGGCUACCAAGGUUACGGAGGUUACCAGGGGUUCGGUAAUAGCCAACAACGUGGUGGAUGGGGUGGCAACUAUGGACAUUAAUUCAUCCAGCCAAUAGUAAAUUGCACAUACCUUUGGUACUCGUCGUUGACCUUCCUUGAGAAGAAGCAUACGAUCGUUCAUACUAAAAAUUAAUUGUGUUACUACCACCAAGAAUUCAUUUUCCUGCUUUUACUACUUUCUUUAUUUUCAAUGUCUAACGACACGUUGCACAAUCAACAAAUCUGGAUUUCAUAUCAACAUUAUGGCUGGCUGGAUUUGUUCUUACCUUUCCAAAAGGAUACAAUUUCACUGUUUUCAAAUAGUUAUCUUCACGAAUCAUAUGAUGGUUGGGGUGGGAUGGAAUGGAAUGGGUUGAUACGGAUGCAUUGCAUGAUUGUGUAUGAGACUGGAGGGAUGCAUGGAUUGAUUUUGAGAGAUAUGACAGGUGGAUAAUGAAGCCAUUGGGGAGAAUAGUUGGUCAUAAAAAAAGUAACUGGAUGAUGGAUAGUGAUGAACAUAUCAAUUCGAAGGUUUAUGGCUACUUAAUUUUUUCUUGUUUAUUUGUAUACAUGUGCCGAUUGA